UGGCGGAGAUUGAAUGCCUUUUUGGAUCGCCUCCGACGCUGUCCUUGACUACAACACUGCUGGAAAAUAUUAUUCCAAAGUUCGUUCCAUUGCUGCCUCGUCGUCAAGGCAUAUUCGGUGAAAGCUAAAAUUCAGAGGCCUGCUCUACCAAGUUCGACGCUGUUCGACGCCGUAAUAACCAUAAACAUGUGACAAUUUGAUCCCACUUAGCCACCAUGAACAGCUUUAUUUCAAUAAUGUUUGCAUUGUUCCAACAUGUCGAACUUACAAAGCCGUGGCUCAUCGAACCCAAAAGCUGUCAAACGGGAAGAGAACACGUCAGCUGCAGAACGGAGUGGGGAGCACAGGCUUGACCAGACUGAGGAUGGUGGAGGUGAACAGGAGCAGGAUGGAGAUCCCGCUAUGGCCGUGCAGAAUCCUGCCAAUGCAGCCAGCACAAAGAAGGUUUUCGGAAUAAAAAGAUCGAAUCCUACGGCUAAGAAAGGAAACGAUCCGUACAACUAUGAAGAGAAAUACCCCGAGGAUCCGCGCUAUGAAGAGGCAACACCUAAUGCGAGGGUUUGGAGAACGUAUGAAGACGAAAGUAGGAGUCAUGACGCCAACAUGGUCGAAGAAUCUCGAGAUAAUGUUGAUGUAUUGCUCGUAUUUGCGGGUCUUUUCUCUGCGGUUGUCACGACAUUUAUAGCCCAGACAUACCAAAACUUGCAGCCAGACUAUGCCGCCGUGUCGGCUUCUCUACUUUAUGAAUCGGUCCUCGUUCAACGUGCUAUUGCCAACGGUUCCACGGUUGACGCCAUCUCCCCAUCUCCCCUCAAUCCCAGCAUCACUUUUGUUCCGGCUACCACGGACAUUUGGGUGAACGGGCUCUGGUUCACGAGCUUGUUCCUAAGCCUAACGACUGCACUCGUCGCCGUACUCGUGAAACAGUGGCUGCACCAUUACGUUGCUCUCCCUUCAGGAACACCGCGCGACCGAAGUUUUACUCGCCAAUUCCGAUAUGCCGGCUUUCAAAAGUGGCAUGUCCAGGUCAUCAUAGGACUCCUCCCUGUUCUUAUGCACCUUGCUCUCGCCAUUUUUCUCAGUGGCUUGGUAGUCUUCCUCCGUCCACUCUGGGAAGCUCUGUCAUGGAUCAUUUGUGCCGGCACUGGCCUUGUCUACAUUGCAUAUAUGGUGGCGACUAUUCUUCCCAUUCUUUUCCCACAAUGCCCCUACCGUACACCUCUCUGUGAUCUUGUCUAUGCCUCUUUUUGUCGUAUCGUCCCACAAAUAACAUGGAGCGACGAACAGGAUACCAAAGACCGGCAAGGACGGUCAAGCCACAUGUUCCGCUAUCUUCCCCGUGUACAAGCAAGAAAUAUACAGUCGCUGACGAUGAUAGAGUCCCAGUCCGUGCAACAGAUGUCAAUAAACUUGGCGGCUGAAGCAUUGAAUUGGCUCUUCUCGGUCUCUUCCAAUCCCACUGUCCAGAGUAUAGUAAUACAGUCUAUUGGAGGACUGCCAAUGUCAUCAGAAGAAAAGUUUCGAUCGCUUCAGGGAGAUAGUAGAGCAAUGAAUACCUUGCAAGCUGUGCAGCACUCUUUGCUUAAACACAGCCUGCAGACGAAGGAUACCAAUAAUUGUGAACCAGUGCCAGGCAUGGAACUCAAAAUCGAACGUCUGCUUCGUUUUGAUCCUCGCAGUUUCGGCUGGACUUUCCCCGCUGUCGCCCUUGACAUUGAUUCAUUUGAGCUCACCACUGCGCUUCUAUACAAUGAUUACAGUGUCGAUAGAAACGGUGUAUAUGUCUCGCCGGGCACAUUUCUCAUCAACGUUAUAUCCCCUGCCCAUACUUUGAAGCUGCCGCCACGUUGUUGGUUUCACCUUGUGAAGCGUAUUGGGCCAAGUGUCUUUCGUCCCCCAGUGGAUCCUGAUACUGAUGAUCCCGCCAAUAUGUUUCCCCUUCAUCUCUCCUCCGCCAUCUUAUGCUCAUUUGAUGCAUCACGGAAGGGCAUAAUACAAGACUUUAAUUCGCCACUGGUUCUUCGUUUCAAGGAUGCGUUACCGUAUUUUGUCGACAAAUUCUACGAUGAUAUUCUCCUUAUGUUUUCCAAGUUCGUCAAAGAUCCAUCGUUGGGCGAGCCAUCGUUGUCUCAAUCAGUGAGAGUAUUUGCGAUGGCUAUCGAAUUCUUACUUCAUAGACUUUCUCUUCCCCAGUCUGAUAUGUCUCAUACCACCAUUUGUCAGUUGUUGACCACUGCAGUUGGGUCUAUCCCUGGCCAAACGUUCUCAUCCCAGGAAUCUACUGCUAUCAUGACGGUGCUUAGCGAUAUCCUUGUUCCUAGGGAUGCAAGCUAUAUUGUGACAUCGUGGCAAAGCUUGUGCCAAAAUACUAUCCGUAUCUAUCCAUACUUGACCGUCCUCUCACCUUCUUUGCAUGGUCUCCGGUCAAUGUUUGAUUUUAUGACAACAAAUUGGGACCACACGCUAAGUUACUCCUACCAAUCUGACACGGCAUGUUGGGUAUUGACCGAUCUCCUCACCAAGUGCAUUCCAGGAGCUUUUACUGCAUUCCUUGAAAAACGAUGUCUGGAGUUUCUUGGAAACAACACGUUUCAUGAAGCUUCAGUUGCGAUGGUUAGAGAGUACAUCGCGGGAAUUUUGGACAUGAAGCACGGAUUGGAUGGGGCUACGGAUGCACUGUUAGCAACACUUCAGCUGCACAUCGACUACCUUCAUGACUCACACAAUAUAUUUACUGCAUGCUCUAUCUUGGCCACACAUGGCAUCGAGAAUAUAGACCGGACUGUCAUUCACAGGGACAUCACGGCGCUGGUGCAGUUGCGUCCACAAGACGCUGCCUGGGAUGAGUGUCGCAGGAAACUUCAUGAUCUGGUACAAAACGAUGGGGCGGACUUUUUCAGUGAACAGCGCGUAUGGCUAGGUGGUAUCCUGCGGUCACUGCGGACUGAUGAAAUCGAUGUCGAAAAAGAAAACAUCAGAUAUGCGAUGCAUAUUCUUGAUGGCUUUUUCGAUAGUAGAGCACAUACCACGGCUGCAUCUCAUUCUUUGCCAGUACGGCACACAACAGGCCGCCUAGAUCGCUUUUUGGGAUGGUGUCGUGGUCGAACGCCGGAGAGUACACCGGAACAAGUGCAGCAGGUCUAGCUGAUAAGAAUUUCGAACUUGGUCCGAUAAAGAUAGUCAAGAGAUAAUCUGUUUUGAGCGCAGAUUGACAUUUGAUGAUGAGUUCGAUGUGAAGUAAUGCAUAAGUUAUGGUAGCUAUAUCGUACAAAAUCAUGGAAAGUUCGAGUCAGCUGAUAUUAAAUCGUUCGUACUGAGAAAAAAUGUCAUGAGGAUGACCAGUGGAUUAUCCAGGCCGCUCGAUACUGAAGGAUAAGUAUCUUGCCCAAGCCUUGGGAAUCGCUGCCUCGUACCAUGUCGACCCCAAAACGUAUCUGUCAAUUUGUCAAGGUAAGUCUUGUUGAGACUUUUCAUGGUCCCACAUGCUUGUUGGAACGGCUGUUUAGUUAAAACCAUCUUCCGAGGCAGAAUAUAGAGAGCCGUGUGGCCUAGCGUACUUGCGGUGCUUAAACACGCCCAUAUCGUUGAUUACUCCAUACAUUAUCAUGCCUCGCUUCACCUCCUCAUUGCCAACAUGAAGU